GACCGAGAGAGAAGCACGAUGGAUCAGAUCAGAUGGAUUAUAAUGUCUUCAUUUCUGAUGCUGCUGGUUCAGUUUACAGCUGCUAGGAUAUUUCUCGACGCUACUGUCAAAGUUGGAGAUGACGUCACUUUGUCGUGUGAUAAUGGGAUGGAUGACCAGGAUCAGUGUGAAGGUGUUAUCUGGUUCUUCGUUAAUCCAGAAAACACAGGCAUGACGCUGUUUGAACACGGGCAGAUUCAAGCUAAAUCAGACCGACUGAGUGUUACAGAGAACUGUUCUCUGGUCAUAAAGAAUAUCAAACGUGAUGAUGUUGGUCGUUAUGAUUGCGGCCACUUCAGAUCAGGAAAACUACACGGUGAAGACACGGUGGCUGCUCUGUAUGUUGUUACCAUGUCUGAACAGAAGGAUGAUGAUUCGGUCACCUUGGUCUGCUCUGUGUCAGGAUAUGCUUAUGGUUGUUUCCACACAGUGAGCUGGCGGUAUGGUGAGACUGACGUGGGGGCAACACGGUAUCCCUGUUCAGCCAUUGUAUUAUUUUUGACACAAUCUCACCUCAAUCCGAAGUAUUACAAGUUAUUGAAAUGUAAAGUGACUCGCAGAGACAGUGGAAAUGUGCAGCUGUUUACCUUCAGCCCUCCUCAGUCCUCCGGUGAGAAACCAGGUGAUGAUGCAACAACUACAAUAUCUCCGACUGCAAAUGAAUCAGCAUGGACAACAGGAACUAAAUGGACAUCAGAAGAGACAAACAACACGACAUCUGAAAACAACAAUCGCACAAAACCAGAAGGGACCGGGAUGAAGAUGAAGGUACAGUGAACUCCAGUGAGUCCACUGCUGUUAAACAUCAUCUCAUCAUAUAUUACAUGAGUAGAUACCAAAAUGAUGAGUUGAUGGAUGACUGAAUGUGUUUUCUGUGCCAAGCUGUUUCUAUUUUAGUCUGAGCUGGACAAAGAUACUCAAGUCUUGAUCUGAUCUCAUAUUAAGAAGCCCCCCUUUGAGUCAAUCCAGAACCUUAACUUCAUCUGAAGAAGAUCACUUGGUAUAUUCAUUUAUUUCUUAUUUAGCUUCCUUAAAUAAUGCUCUCAUAUAGUCAUACACAUUUAGGUCGCGCGAGCGUGUCAGCCGCGUGGCGUGUCCGUUUAUAUUUCAGCUCCCAUGUUAACAGGUUAGAGCUUACACACUGCCGGCGUGAGACGCGCGUCUCGAGCCGCGCGUGAGACGCGUGCCUGCUAGAAAUACAGUGCCUUGCGAAAGUAUUCGGCCCCCUUGAACGUUUCGACCUUUUGCCA